AUGGUCCACGCAGACGCAUCGGAGUCUAGAGCACCUGAACCUAUGCAGAACGGAGGGACAAUAGGAAGCUCGACCAUGGGCUCUUCUAAUCAUAGUGACCCAGCAGAUGAGAAGCGCGAUGCAUCCGCCGUAUCCCCUGGAGCUGCCGCAGUCCAGACGUCAGACGAGGAAAGCUGCAGUAAGAUCGAGCCCGAGAAGGCAAAAGCAUCGAUCAACAACAUCUCGUCCGUGCCCAAUGGAGGCACACUCGCUUGGCUGCAGGUUCUCGGUGCUCAUUUUCUCUUCUUCAAUUCCUGGGGAAUCGUCAAUACUUUUGGCUCGUAUGAGACAUUCUAUGAGAGGGACUUCCUGAAAGGUACAACGUCCUCUGCCAUUGCGUGGGUGGGCUCCCUUCAGGCAUUCCUGCUACUCUUUGUCGGUGCCCUUACGGGUCCUAUCUAUGAUGCUGGCUACUCGCGCGAACUCAUCAUCGGCGGCUCGUUUUUUCUCGUCUUUGGCCAGAUGAUGUUGAGUUUGUGCACACAGUACUGGCAAGUCUUGCUGGCUCAAGGGUUCUGUAUCGGUAUCGGAUGCGGCUUGGUCUGCGUUCCCAGUACGGCCAUUCUAUCCCAGUACUUCACAACUAAAUUAGCCACUGCUGUUGGCUUUACGGCUUCUGGUAGUAGCUUUGGUGGCAUCAUCUACCCAAUUGUCUUCCACCGACUGGAACCAAAGAUCGGCUUCCCAUGGGCCACGCGUGUACUCGGAUUCAUCAUGCUCGCUACGCAGCUCAUUUCUAUCACGGUCAUGAAGGUACGAGUCGUGCCAGAUAAGAGACGCGCAAUCAUGGACCUCGCUGCAUUUAAAGAACUGCCUUACUUUUUCUUCAACGCCAGCGUAUUCAUUGCCUUCAUGGGUCUCUACCAGCCCUUCUUCUACAUCCAGACCUUUGCAAUCAAGAACGGCAUCACUACUGAAAACCUUGGUUUUUAUAUCCUUGCCAUCAUGAAUGCCGCCAGCGCUUUUGGCCGCAUCAUACCUGGCAUUCUAUCCGAUAGAAUCGGACCUAUAAACGUCAUGAUUCCCUGCGCUUUUAUAUCCGCAGUUCUAUGCUUCUGCAUCAUUUCCAUCAAGAGCGUUGCCGGCCUACUAGUUCUGAUGGUUUUAUAUGGCUUCUUCUCAGGAACAUUUGUUUCUUCGCCAACUGCAACCAUCGUCAGUAUCUCCACUCACAGUAGAGGAACGAUUGGAACUAGACUGGGUCAAUCUUUCGGUAUUGUUUCAUUUGGUCUCUUAAUCGGCACACCCGUCGGUGGCGUUGUGUUGGGCAAACACGGCUUUCGCAACCUAUGGGUAUUUGCUGGCGUCUUAAUCGCCGUUUCCGGCGUGGUGCUUAUUCUCACCAGGAAGUUUCAUAAAGGGUUAGGUUUAAUGGUAAAAGCAUGA